ACUCGUGUCCCAGUCCCCAGCAGGCUCAGGCUCAGGCUCAGCCACAGCCCACAGCGACGCGGCAGCGGCAGCGGCAGCGGCAGCAGGAACAGCACCCCAACAGCGACCUUGCUUCCGCGCGCGGCAGCCGAGGGAGGGGGGAGGAGGAGAUCGAGGGCGGCAUGGGGACGGGGGGCUAGAACAAGGAGAUGGCUGCAGAGCGACGCCCUCGGGGGCAUUAAUGGGGCCCUCCCCCUGCUCCGCAUCCCGCUGCUCCCACAUCCUCCCCGCGGCCGCGCGCGGUUGAUUCGCCCGCCUGCUUUUAACCGCGCCCCCUCUUUUCCGGACGGGACGGCUGGGCUGCGGGCGGGCGCCAUGGGCAUCGAUCUCAACGCGGCGGGCGAGCCUGGCAAGGCGGCGGCGGUGUCGGUGUGCCGGGACCUGUGGCACGCCUGCGCGGGGCCCGUCGUGGCGCUGCCGCGCCGGGGCAGCGCCGUCGUCUACCUGCCGCAGGCGCACCUCGCGGGGGCCGGCGGCGGGGGGGACGUCCCGGUGGCCCUGCCGCCGCACGUGGCGUGCCGCGUGGUGGACGUCGAGCUAUGCGCGGAUCCGGCGACGGACGAGGUCUAUGCGCGACUGGCUAUGGUGGCGGAGGGCGAGGUCUUUGAGAAGAACAUGGGAGGUGGUAGGUUUGAAGGCGAAGAUGACAUGGAGGAUGGUGAUGGAGAAAGGAAGUCCCGGAUGCUGCACAUGUUCUGCAAGACACUAACGGCCUCUGACACGAGCACACACGGGGGAUUCUCUGUUCCCCGCCGUGCUGCCGAGGACUGUUUCCCUCCACUGGAUUACCAGCAGGUCAGGCCUUCCCAAGAGCUUGUUGCAAAGGAUUUGCAUGGAGCGAAGUGGAGGUUCCGCCAUAUCUAUAGAGGUCAACCACGUAGGCAUCUUUUAACGACUGGAUGGAGUUCGUUUGUCAAUAAAAAGAAACUUGUCUCUGGGGAUGCAGUCUUAUUUCUCCGUGGUGAUGAUGGUGAACUACGACUUGGUGUAAGGAGAGCCAUUCAGCUUAAAAAUGAGGCCCUUCUGAAAUCUUUCAAUAGCAACAGCUCAAAGAUACACACACUGUCUGCUGUGGCUAAUUCCUUGAAACAUAGAAGUGUUUUUCACAUCUGUUACAAUCCAAGGGCUGCUGCAUCCGAAUUUAUUGUUCCGUACUGGAAGUUCCUGAAGAGCCUGAAUCGUCCAUUUUGUAUUGGAAUGAGGUUUAAGAUUCAGUACGGGAGUGAAGAUGUUAAUGAGAGGCGAUCUGGAAUAAUUACAGGUAUUAAUGAAGUAGACCCCAUUAGGUGGACUGGUUCAAAAUGGAAAAGCCUGCAGGUAAGAUGGGAGGAUGGCACAGACUGUAAUAGCCAAAAUAGACUAUCUCCAUGGGAUAUCGAGAUAGUUGGUGGCUCGGUCUCUAUUGCUCAGUCUCUGUCAGCAUCCAGUUCUAAACGAACUAAACUGUGCCCUCAGGGAAAUGUGGACGUCCCAACUCUGUAUGGAAAUGGUCGUCCGGACUCCGUGGGAGCUGAUAAGCUCCCCAGGGUCUUGCAAGGUCAAGAAUUGAUGGGUUCUGGAACUCAUCGUGUUACAUGUCCUCCUCAGCCAGGUGGCGCCACAGAAUUCAGGCGUUCUGAUGGUACGGGGUUCCUUGCUGAUACACGAAGCUGCAUGCUGAGUGGUCCAGCAAGCAGGCUUCCACCUCAAAGCCCCUAUUUCGCCUACCAACCUGUAGGCUUCGGUGAAUCCGUUGGGUUCCCGGAGGUCUUGCAAGGUCAAGAAGUUUGUCAGACGGUUCCUUUGUUCCAAGGAAUGGUGUCUGAUACAUGUUCCGCCAAAGGGGGAUAUGGGCUGUACAACUACAUGUGCACCUCGUCCGCCAUGAACCGAGGGUUUUCAUCUGCAGCUCAAGGAUAUCCUCUCUCCCUGUCUACUCCGCCGCCAGCAGAAGUGGCUUCGCCCUCAUCCACAGUUGCUGCACCACAGCUCUGGCUGGCCAGCAAGAACAACGAAGAAGCUGCGAUUGGCAGCCAGCCUAACCCACUUGGAACUCGAAAGGCUUCUGGUGAUGGUGCUGCUAAGCUUGGGUCUGAUGGAAGGAAGGUUGCCAGAACCAGUUGCAUGCUUUUCGGGUUUUCCUUGACUGAGAAGAUGUUGCCAACGGAAGAAGACUGUGCCAAGGAAGGGAACCAUGAAGUCGACUGUCAGAAUCCGCGGAUGCUAGACUUGUUUGGAUACAACCGCGCCACUCCCGGCGCUCUUCAUGCCCUCUGCGCCGCUCCACUGGGAAUAUGAUGCCACUCCAGUUCCAGUAUGAUCCAAGUACUUCGUAGUGCUCUUUCUAAGAAACUUUAAUAAUUAGUCUUUGCGCAUUCAGGGACCUUCGGUGAAUAUGCAUGUGAGCAUGCAGCUGCCACUCCUUGCAUUUUCCCUCGGUCGUUCGGUCCCAGCCGUAUUCCUGAUGCACACUACUUGUCGUUCUAGUCCAUCCAAUCCUCCAGCCUUAUAUGUAUUUUAGACGACUUUAUGUGUGUCGCUUCUGUAUCUGUAUCGAACCUUGAUUUGCUAUCUCCUUGGACAUGGAUGUACCACCGCUAGUACUUAAUUUAUGCUAUGUGUCUAAUGGACCCUA